AUGAUGCAAGCCACACGUAAGAAUUUUGAAUCCGAAGAGUUAUUGGAUGAUGAGCUUUCAUCAUCUUCCCACACAACCUCUUCCGAAAUUCAUUUCAAUGAACCAAAUUUGGAUUCAUCCUCGAAUAGGAUAAUUACAUCAUCAUUAUUGGUGAAUCAUCAUCACAGUGAUGAUACUAACAAUUUCAAUAAUAACAUUGCAAAUUCAAAGCAUGGAGAGAUCAAUCAAAUCAUCAAUGCUAAUAUUAAUUUAAAUCAUUCCGUUUCAUUCCGAAUGGAUCUACCAUCCCACCAUAACAGUAGUUCAAACCAAGAAGGAAUUCAAUUUGAUGAAACGUCCAACACCAACAACACAUUGAAACAACAAGCGUUGAAACAACAGGAAGCUUACGGAAAAGUAACUUCUGGUUCUUCGGAUGAACCUACCAACAAUAAGAAGAAUCAACCAUCAUCAUCACUUCAACAACAACAACCUAUUUAUUGGAUUCCCAUGCAUAAACCCUCGUUAUUGGAAGAACCCAAUCAACAACUCCAAAAUAUUAUUAGUCCCUCUCUGGAAGAUGAUUCCUUCUUGAUGAUAGACGUCAAUGAGAGAGGAGAUUUAUAUACGAGUCAGACCUUUCUCGAUUCGAAUGGAGUGAGGCACGAUGAAGAAAUUCGUAAACAUCGGUUAUAUCCGAGUAUGAUUCCGAGUGGAGAGGGAUUUGCUGGAUCUCUCCCAAAGUACUCGGUCUGUUUGGAUUUGGAUCAAGUGGCUAAAGAGAUGGGAAGUGAUAUUCAGGUGGAUGUGAGCUCGUUUGUGAAUGCUCCAAAUUCGACAGCGACCACUCCAAAUGUCAUGGAUUCAAGUAAUAAUAUCAAGGAUCAGAAUCAUGAGGUCAAUGCAAUGACCAUGUAUCCCUUGUUAAUUUCAGCAGUAGAUUCCGAUUCCUUGUUUGGAAACGCCAUUGGUAGUCAAUUAGUGAAACGGAGUGGAGGCGAUGCUAGCAGCAGCGGUAGUAAUUUAGGACAAGCUCUGGCAGCAUCAGCGUCCACAACAACAACAACCAUUAUGGCCACUUCAGUUGAUUUAAUUCCAUUAUUACAGCCACAAAUUGAAUUAGGAUAUUUAAAUAAUUUAUUAUUGAAUGAAUCGGCGGUAUUGGACAGGAUGGGAAAAAGACAAAUUGAAUUUCAUCAUGAUUUUUAUGUUUUGUGUUAUGAAUAUUAUAAUUCGUUUUGCAAGGUGAAGAAACUGAAAGACUCACUCGCUCAAUUAGUAUCGGAACAGAAAGGAUUACAGAAGUCUCUAUUUACAUUCUCUACUAAAACUUUUCAGUCACCAACCUGUCAAUGUGGUGAUGGCUAUCAAUUGGUGGGAUCUGUGACGGCUCUCAAUGCUACGCCCAACAAACAUGUAAUUGAAGCGUUACACAAAAAUUUUGCACAAAUCCGAAGAUUGUACCAUGACAAUGUUGUGGAGGCAAAUUUAUUGAACAAGUAUGCGAACAUUCGAAUUAGUCAUUAUUUAGAUGAACUUAUUUCCAGCUCUAAUUUAUUUAAUGUGCAAACACCCAUUGUGCUGACAUUGCAACACAAUACGCGAUCAGAACAUGACAACGAAGUUGUUGAAAGAUUGAAAACCUGCAUUCAGAUCUUGUUCUUUUUUGAGCAGGUUACACACGGUAUGGCAUCCAUUGUGACGCCUUUAGGAUGCACAGAAUUGGAGUUCUCACUCGACGAGACGAUGAAAGAACUCAAGUCGUUUAGGAACGAUAUACGGAAUUGGAUUUCAUGGUGUGUCACACAACUCAUCAAAAUUGCCACCAUUGAAGACAAUCGAUUUAUUAUUUUUGAGAUUGUGAAAUGUGACAUGUGGGUUCUUGGGCUGCAUUUAUGCUCCAAUUUCCAAUUCAUUGAUUCCGACAGCAGCGUUGAUCAAUUUCUUGCCUUUUUCUCACUCUUCCUAACCCCUACGUAUAUCAAAGAAAAUGAACUCAUUCUUACUGAGGAUGAUUAUUUAAGCCUGUGGCAACAGCUACGAUUAUUUGAAAGUAUGGAUUAUAUAUUAUCAGGAUGCACACAACAAUUUUUCAAGGAAAAACAAUCUUCCUAUUUCACAUCCCUCUCGCGAGCAUUCUCCUUCAUUGAUACUGUUCUCUAUAUUCUAUACCAGGCCUUAAUUAAUUUUAGCAAGUCACCUUCUCAUUCCUCCUUUACUCGAAUGCUCUCACAAAACAUGGCGCGGCUUGUCCAGAUGGCUUCUAAUUCUAUAAGUCAAUUAGAAGGAGUGAGCACUGAAGACAUUGAGUAUUUAUUUAACAGUUUUUAUGUGAAGUGUUUUAAGGGACUUCUUUCUUCAACUUCAAACUUGUGGUCCUUCCUUUCCGAAUUACCAUAUGAAAUAAUUUCUGAAGCCUGUGCAUGUUCCAUAUUUUGGAUCAUGUUUAGAGACGAGAAAACUGUAGAUAUGAACAUUUCGUAUGACGUUUUGCGCGAUCUUGAUUUGUGGACGCACAAGUUGAAUGAAAACAAAACAUUGAGAAACAACUUUAUCACAAUGUUCCAACAGAAAGAAUGUGGAUACUUGUUCCCAGUGUUGUCUCGUUUGGGUUGUUCUCAUUCAUUUGGUCUUGCUUCAAUAAUUGUUCAUGAGUUAUUCCUGAUAGGAUGUAAGUUAUCCAUUGUUGUAUCAUAA